CACAUUUUUUUUUCUUUUUCCUUUUUUCUUUCUACUGAUAACGAACACUUCUCUCUCUCUCUCUUUUUCCUCACAAAAAUACUUUGAAUUUGCUCAUUUCUUCAGAUACCAUGGAUACUCGUAAAUAUUCUCGUCAAGAUGGUCUGUUAUUAAGUCCUCCAGUGACUCCUAAAAUUCAAUUGCGAUUGGAUGCUUCUCCCGAACAUGAUGACAUGAUGUUACUUCCUCCUGCUCUUUCCAUGCCGCAGUCCCCUCCACAAUGGUUUCAGGCUCUUCCGUCCAAGCUCAAUCGCAGAAAAUCGUCUGCCAAGUCUUUCAAUCGAGCCAUGGCGCUCUCCAGUGAAGGUGCAUUUUCUGUACCUGUUCUCAUCCCAUCCUCCUCACUGCCUUCUGAAUCUCCUAUCGCUUAUCGCAAAACCCAUUGCAGUCGAAAGACACAACGUGCACGUCGAUCCCCCUCGGACGUUCGUGGCGCUUUCACCAUGGAUGUAUUUUCUUACGACCCACCGGUUUCCCAAUCGAACAGUGAUUCGUUACCACAGAAAAGAAAGAUUGAAGAGGAUGAUGAAGCGCAAGAAAUUCAAGAUGACCAGAUGACGACGCCUCGUGUGACCCACAUCAGUAACGAUCGUCAUAUUAAAAAGGCCAUGACCGAUGCCGCCGCGGUUUACGACCGUAUUGACCUUUCAUUGAGUGACGAGGCUGUCAUGGAGCCUCAAUGGGUCCCUAGUCUCGAGGUCUUUGAUAAUCGACCCCCCGUACGAGUGGUGUGGAAAGGAUCUCCAUUACCCAUCAAUCAUUUGCCUUAUUACGAACGGUUACAUCCCGGUGAAGUUGCCAUUGCCUCAACAUUACGACUGACACCUGAGCAAUACCUGAAAUGCAAACGUACCUUGGUAUUGGCCGCACAAGACUUUGCUCGACAUGGCAUGUCUUUUCGAAAGUCAGACGCUCAAAAAUUCUGUCGUAUUGAUGUCAACAAAACCAGUACUCUGUGGUGUGCUUUCAACCGCUUGGGUUGGUUCGUGCCUCGAUCAUUAUAAACCGCUGAUAUGAGUGGCAAUUGCUCUUUUUCACCGUCUGCCUCGUCCCAUUUCCCCAUCCACGUUCCUUGCUUGCUUGUUCUAUAGUUCCAAUUAUUUCUUUUUCCCUCGUCCUCUGUUCCUUUUAGUUUUUUUUUCCGCACUAUUACUUUCACAGUAGGUGUUUGUUUAUGUAUGUAAAGUAGUUACCUAAUGCCUGUAGUCUCUCUCCAUCAACAAUUGAUUUAUCUGUAUAUACUGUACAACUCUAAAGAUUCGUCGGUCCUAAUUACUCACAACUAUGUGUUUGAAUUCACACAAAUGUACUCACUUAUGUUAUUAUUUCUAUGUCACUCAUCCCCAAAUAUUCCCCCGAAAAAUAAAAUGAAUUCAUCCCGG